UUUAAAAGAAAAAAGAAAAGGAGCUCAAAUGGGGGUUUAGGGUUUACUACUGUAAUCCAGAACAAUAAUAUGAACCUGCAAUCUGCUUGUUCUUUGCUUCAGCAUGAAGCUUCUAUCCCCAAAUUUUCACAAUUCCAGUUUCGAAAUAUUUCUGUGGUGCGGAAGAACCAUGGUAUAAGCUAUGUUCGAUUGGAUAAAAGAAUUCCUUUGGUUCAGAAUGGCUUGAAAUUUAGACCGUCACUGAAGAGGGGAUUGAUAGUGUAUGCCUCUAAUUCCUGUCCUCCAGGGAAGUUGAAUUAUGAUGGCAGGGAAAGUAGGGAUGUGAGCAUAAUCGCCAGUAAUGGGUCUGAACCGUUUCGGGGUAAAUCAGGUUCGGUUUCAUUCCAAGGGAUUACUCACCAAAUGGUUGAAGAAAGUAAGUUGGUGUCAGCUCCUUUUGAGGAAAAAAAAGGCUCCUUUCUAUGGGUUAUUGCUCCUAUUGCAUUGAUCUCUUCUUUAGUGCUUCCUCGGUUCUUCAUUGUGGUUGCCGUUGAUGACUUGAUCAAGAAUGCAACUUUUGCAGAAAUUGUUUCUUCAUUUUUCUCUGAGGUCAUGUUUUAUAUUGGCCUUGCGACAUAUCUUCGGGUCACUGACAGCGUUCAGAAGCCAUAUCUACAGUUCAGUGCAAAGAGAUGGAGCCUCAUAACUGGGCUAAAGGGAUAUAUAACAUCUGCUUUCUUUGUAAUGGGGUUUAAGAUUUUUGCCCCACUCUUCGCUCUUUAUGUUACCUGGCCUUCACUUGGCUUGCCAGGCUUGGUUGCAGUGGCUCCUUUUCUGGUUGGCUGUUUGGUACAGUAUUUAUUCGAGAGAUUUCUUGACAGAAAUGGAUCAUCUUCUUGGCCCUUGGUGCCAAUUAUUUUUGAGAUUUAUAGGAUAUAUCAGUUGACGAGAUCCGUGCAUUUUGUGGAGAAGUUGAUGUUUUCUAUGAGCGGAGCUCCUGUCACACCCGAGUUGUUCGACAGAAGUGGUGCAUUGGUUGCUAUGAUAGUGACUUUCCAAGUUUUAGGAGUAAUUUGCUUAUGGUCCUUGCUUACAUUUCUUCAAAGGCUCUUUCCCUCCAGACCUGUUUCUGAAAACUACUAAUCUUUGUAGAUGAAGAUGUUUGCUUUAUAGAAACUUUGAUUUGCAUUAGAUUAAAUUAUCAGGUGCAGUAUCUACUCCUACUACCUCUGCUUUUCUGAGCUAAAUAAUAGAGAUAUGCCUUAGCUUUCA